AUGCUAGGACCCCAGACAAGAGAACGUAGCGGGAUGAGUCUCUCGGACGAGGAGAGAGAGUUUGGGGAUGGGCGAUACAGGGGGUUUGGAUUCUACAUGUUAAUCCAGGUAGAUGAAAAUUUAGUUCGACUUAGCUUUUGCAUAUUCUUAGCCGAUAUACCCCUUCGCAUGAUUGUUGGGUGGAGUUUCCCUCGGUACGACUCCAUUCCGCCCGGCCACGUCGACCGACAUAGCGCCAUUGCAGUUGGGACAGCUGUGAGGAGCGCUUGGGCCGAAUGCAUGGCCAUAGUCCAAUCUGGAGUGCAUGAUACCCCUCGCCUGGGAAUGUUGCGGCUAAGGCUUUCAACUGCAGUGUACAUGUCAAGAGGCAGUGGUUAUUGCGCCGCAGCCGCCAGGAAAACUGCACAGAUAUGCCAGUCGAACUUUACCCAGUCGUUUCCACUGAACAUGAUGAUCCUGGAUUUGAUGGACCGACUUUGA